AUGCUCGGACCACAGGUGGGAGUCUUGCAUAAGGAAAGGAUUGAAUUCUUUGUUCUACCACAUUGUACGUCCCAGAUACUUCUCGGUCUUCCUUGGCUCCAGCGUGGUAGAAUCUAUCCUUUGUCAGUCCCGGAGACUGAAGCCAUGCAAGAAUACAUCCAAGAGAACCUCCAAAAAGGAUUUAUCCGGAAAUCCUCUUCACUGGCCAGAGCGAGGUUCUUCUUUGUGAGCAAGAAGGAUGGUUCUCUCCAUCCGUGUAUCGACUACAGAGGUCUCAACAAGAUCACGGUCAAGAAUCUUUUUCCUCUUCCUUUGAUCUCAGAACUUUUUGAUCGUCUUCAGGGGGCCAAAGUCUUCUCCAAACUGGAUUUACGUGCUAAUAAGAAUAUCAGAGCUGAUGCCCUCUCCAGAUCCUCUGAUGUGGUGGGUUUGGAUCCUACUCCAAGACAUAUUGUCCCUCCUGAUCGUCUGAUUUCUGCAGCUCCUGCUGAUCUCCUGCAGCGGCCUCCUGGUAAAACUUUUGUACCAGUCAGAUUGAGAUGCAAAGUUCUAAACUGGGGUAAUUCUUCCUUAUUGGCUGGCCAUCCUGGAGAACGCAAGACACUUCUUCUAAUCUCCCGACACUAUUGGUGGCCACGUCUGGAACACGAUGUCUCUGAAUUUGUGCGUUCCUGUGACACUUGUGCUCGAGACAAGACCUCUCAACAGAGACCCGCAGGACUUUUGCAGCCAUUGCCCAUCCCUGAGAUUCCAUGGACUCACAUCACUAUGGAUUUUAUUACCGACCUUCCAUCAUCACACAAUAACACAGUCAUCUGGGUUGUGGGAAACUACGAUCAGUAUGUGAAGACUCGGCUGGAGCUGGAGGAGAAUCAGAUGAAGAGAUUCAACUGGGAGCAGGAUCAGAUCGCGCACAUGAAGAAUUACAUUGCCCGGUUCGGUCACGGCAGCGCCAAGUUAGCGCGUCAGGCGCAGAGCAAAGAGAAGACGCUGCAGAAGAUGAUGUCAUCAGGACUGACCGAGCGGGUGGUCAAUGACAAGACUCUGUCGUUUUGCUUCCCGUCCUGUGGUAAGAUCCCUCCCCCGGUCAUCAUGGUGCAGAACGUCAGCUUCCGAUACACCGCCGAUGGGCCGCUCAUCUAUAAGAACCUGGAGUUUGGAAUAGACCUGGACACCAGAGUGGCCCUUGUGGGUCCUAACGGGGCCGGAAAAUCCACCUUAUUAAAGCUGCUGACAGGGGAGCUGCUGCCUUCAGAUGGAAUGAUCCGGAAACAUUCUCAUGUGAAGAUCGGCCGAUACCAUCAGCACCUGACGGAGCAGCUGGAGCUGGACCUGUCCCCCCUGGAGUACAUGAUGAAGUGUUACCCCGACAUCAAGGAGAAGGAGGAGAUGAGGAAGAUCAUCGGGAGGUACGGGCUGACCGGGAAACAGCAGGUCAGUCCGAUCCGUAAUCUCUCUGAUGGGCAGAAGUGCCGCGUCUGCUUCGCCUGGCUCGCCUGGCAGAACCCUCAUAUGCUCUUCCUGGACGAACCGACCAAUCACCUGGACAUUGAGACAAUCGAUGCGCUGGCGGACGCCAUCAAUGACUUUGAGGGAGGGAUGAUGCUUGUGAGCCACGACUUCAGACUGAUCCAACAGGUGGCUCAGGAGAUCUGGGUCUGUGAGAAACAAGCAGUCACCAAGUGGGCCGGAGACAUCUUAUCCUACAAACAUCAUCUGAAGUCCCGACUGAGCGACGAUGAGCCGCAACGAAAGGGCAACUGAGCGUCAUCCUGGACAGACGGAGUCCUCCGAGUAUAUGGGAGUCCUCCGAGUAUAUGGGAGUCCUCCGAGUAUAUGGGAGUCCUCCGACUAAUAAAGCGUCCAUACUCAUCCUCCACAGAUACGUGUGAGCACAGCUCUGUACCGUCGCCCUGCCCCCAACUGGCUGCAUUAGGACAUUGUGUGUGAGGGGACGCAGCAGACCUCGGCCUCCGGGGGGCCCCGCUUUCUCAUCAUUGAUCAGCCGUUCGUUUUUUUUUUUUUUUU